AUGACAGGUAGGCAAAUGACGCUCCCGCUGCAUCUGCUCUACCAGCCAGGCGAAGCGAAUAUCGCCACGGCCUACACCACGCAUCACUACAUGACCGAUCUGCAGGACCACCUGAAACAGACAUUCGCGUUCGCUCAACGGAAACUGGGAAACAGCGCCGAAGGACGGAAGGCCUAUUACGAUCAAAAGGCGUCCCACAACGAGCUCCAGCUGCACUAA